AUGGACCACUCGUUGGCUCAGAACACCCCCUUGCAUUGGGGAUACUCGGGCAGCGGUGCUGCUCCUUCUUCUUGGCAGCCGGUGCCUAGAGGAGUCAAGAGACCUCUUUCCGAAAGUGACUGUGACGAUGUUUACUCCGAGGAAUCUUCCAAAGACCAAUGCACCUCUCCAGGUGACGCUGACAGCUGUCAAAUGUUGUCGAGGAAGAAACGUCGCGGUGUCAUCGAGAAGAAGAGACGGGACAGAAUCAACAUGUCCCUCAGCGAACUCAAGAGACUGGUUCCUAGUGCCUUCGAGAAGCAGGGAUCGGCCAAACUGGAAAAAGCGGAGAUCCUGCAAAUGACGGUGGAUCACCUGAAGAUGUUGCAUUCGAAAGGUUUGGACAGCUUCGCCUUCGACCCCCACAAAUACGCGAUGGACUACCACGGCAUGGGCUUCAGGGAAUGCGUCGCAGAAGUGGCCAGAUACCUGGAGCGCAUCGAAGGCCUCGACGUCCAGAAUCCUCUACGCCUGCGCCUCACCUCGCACCUGCAGUGCUGCGCUGCCCAGCGCGAGUUGGCCACCAAGCAGGCCGCCGCCCCAUGGGGCUACGCGGGGACCCAGCCGCCGCCCUACCCUCCCAUCAAUUCGCUGCCACCCUCCCCGGCGUCCAACCAUCACCACCAGCCUGCUGCGAUCCACCACCAGAACAUGCAGCACGACCUGGGCCACUUCGACGUGUCCACUUCCUGUGCGCAGACUACAGUGCCUGUGCCUACAACUGACCACAGCAGGUUGGCCCCUUCUACGGCUAUUUUGACUCCUUUGACCACCACCACGACUUCGGCGUUAGCUUACAGCCCGCACCAGUACCCGGUGAACACUUUCACCAUACCCACUUCGAGUCACCACCAGAAUUAUAGUCAGAGCAUCCCCACGUCGCAAGGGAUGAAGCCUUACAGGCCUUGGGGGGCUGAGGUCGCUUAUUGA